AUGCUAACAGAAGAUUUAGCUGAAGAAAGCGAUAUUGCGUCAGAAGAUGGGGUUGAAGAAAGAAAAGAUGAUACGGCUUCUGAGCAAGAGUUUACUGACAAUCCUGGCGAUGAAGAGGCUUGUGAUACUGAAGAAGGAGAGUGUUGGAAUCACUUUUUCAUUGAUGCCUUGCUUGAAAUGAUGGUGAAAUACACCAAUCAGUAUAUCGAGAGCAUCAAGGGGAAUUUUGCUCGAGCGAGAGACAUUACGUCAACAGAUACGACUGAAGUUCGGCCGUUUAUUGGUUUACUGUACCUUGCAGGAGCCUAUAAGGCCAGUCGUCAUAGUUCAGAAGAGCUUUGGGGUCGACCCGCCGCCCCCACCGCCCCCGCCGCCCCCCGUCUUAUCGAAUGUGCAAACACCGCGUGCCUAGCAGCCUAG